CAAUGAAAUGUCAAUGUUUAUUACUAGGUAACAGCUGAUUUUGACGUGACAAAAUUUAUCAUAAGCUGAUUUUAGGAGUUAAGUGUUAUUAGAAAUUGCCAAACUAGGGAUAAAAAAUGAAUGUCCUUAGAUCGUAUAUAAGUCGAGGUACCAGUGGUGUACUUCAAAUUCCCGAAGUUAUUGUUCCAUGUUUCAUACACACUACCGCUAUCCGUAAAACGUUUUGGGAAAAAGAGAAGAAAUCGGGUUAUACAAGUAAUGUAACACUGCCUUCCAGAAAGGAUCUAAUUGUAGAAGGUUUUCGCGAACUAAAAAAAGAGAUACAACUAUGGAAAGAUGAAAUGAAAGAAAAAUUAGAUUGCGACCCAAUACUUGUUUAUCGUCCUGGUGAAACGGAUGUGGUUUUCAAUUUUAAAAAUGAAAGUGCUUUCGAUAAUUGGAUCGUGACAACGGAUGCUGAUCACCGGGAAGGCAAAAGUACAGCAAAGCUAGAAAUGAGCUCGGGAGGCGCUGGGUUGUUUCAUGGUAAUGUAAAUUCUGAACAUGUAAGAGAUGGUAUUGUAAAGCGAACCGGCUAUGCUAAUAUCCGAACAAAACGCGUGCGGCGGUCUUUCAAACGUGAAUCAACAUAUGACUGGACUCAAUACAAUACUCUCGUAAUGAAAAUACGUGGAGAUGGUCGUAGCUAUCUUAUUAAUCUUCACACGGAAGGUUAUUUUGAUAUACAAUGGAAUGACGUAUAUCACUAUGUGCUUUUUACUCGAGGUGGGCCUCAUUGGCAAUUAGUUAAGAUCCCAUUUUCAAAAUUCUUCCUCUCAUCGAAAGGCCGAAUACAAGACAGGCAAGGACCAAUUCGUUUAGAUCGUGUAACUCAUUUUGGAUUCUCAGUAGGGGCAAAAAAUAAUAUGGAUGGCCCCUUUCAAUUGGAAAUUGAGUAUAUAGGUUUGGAAUUCGAUCCUAAUCACCGCGAGGAAUUUGCAUAUGAAAUGUACAAAACUGAUAAGUACAUUGUUGCGACUUAAACACAUUUGGAAUCAUAUAACAAAUUGUGUUUAAGGCACCACAAACAUUGGUUGUUAUGUAAUUUUCUAAGAAAAGAAUUAAUGUUAAAUUUGUUGUCGAAAUAAAUAAGUUAUAAAGUGA